CUAAACUGACAAACGUUUCCAAAUAAACAGGAAUAUCUCAAAACAGCUGAAUGCUGCGAGAUACAACUGUAAAUAUAUUCGUUAAAGGGAAGAAUCUGGAGAUGAGUGAUCCAGAAUUAUCCAGAAUGAAAAAUGAGGAACAAAGAGGCCUGAUGGAAGUGAAAGUGGAAAGUGAAGAACUGAAUGUGCAGGAGACAUAUCAGUACCUGAAAACUCACAUUAUCGCUACUGAUGAAAAAACCUUGCGUCACUCACAGACUGAAGAUAAUUUCUCACAAAGCAGCACUGAAAGAACAGAAGUCCUAAAGCCUUUCAUCUGCCCUCAAUGUGGAAAGAGUUUUACACAUAAAGGACACCUUAAUGAUCAUAUGAAAAUUCAUACUGGAGAAAAGCCUUUCAUCUGCCUUCAGUGUGGAAAGAGUUUCAAACGCAAAAGAAAUCUUACUGCUCACUUCAUUACUCACAAUGAAGAAAAGCCCUUCGUCUGCCCUCGGUGUGGAAAGAGAUUCAAACGUAAAGAACAACUUAAUGAACACAUAUUAAUUCACGGUGGAGAGAAAGCAUUCGUCUGCCCGCAGUGUGGAAAGAGAUUCACACGUCAGAAACACCUUUGUGAUCACAUGAGAAUUCACACUGGAGAGGGCCUUUUCACCUGCCUUCAGUGUGGAAAGAAUUUCAUUCAUAAAGAACUCCUUGAUCAACACAAAAGAAUUCACACAGGAGAGAAACCUUUCAAUUGCCAUGAAUGUGGAAAGAGUUUCUCCUGGUCAAGCAGUCUCAGAAUGCAUCUGCUCCACGCUCACUCUGGAAUAAAGAGAUUUAAAUGUGAUCAGUGCAGUAAAAAAUUUGUUUUAGCAUCAUACCUAAAAAAACACAUGAAAGUUCAUACAAAUGAAAAACCUUUCUUGUGUUCUGUUUGUGGAAAGAGUUUUUUAUGGCGUGAAUGUUUUAAAGUGCACCAGAAAAUGCAUGCAGGUGUGAAAACUCAUGUGUGCUUUGUAUGUGGAAAUGCCUUUAUUACAGCCGGCUCCUUGAAAAAGCACCAAAGAGUCCAUACUGAAGAAAAUACUUAAAUUACAAGUGCUCACAUUGUAGAGAAAGUACACUAAAGCGGAAAGCUUGAAAGAUCAUGAAAUGGUCUAUAUCAGACAUGGGCAACAUACGGCCCGUGGGCCAUUUAUCAUAAAAGUGUGUUUUUUUUUUCUUGGAUAAUUCAGUUAACAUGCAUUGGGACCUAACGCAUCUCUACAAGCGUUUACAAGCUUAGGGUUGCCAGAUAAGAGAUGCAACACCCCCAGUUUGAGAUUUAUACUUGCGCAAAUUGGAAAUAUUCCGCCUAUUGUAAUACUUAUUUUGUGCAAUCUGGUAACCAUGCACGCGAGUGCGCUUUUUCUAUCUCGCUUUCCCCUUUGAACAAACUUAGCGAUCUGUAGUGCAAUAUUCUGCUCAAGGAAAAGUGUUAUACGGCUACUCUGUGUCCAUUCUUGAGGCUGUUUGUGAUGUUUGGUGCUACUAAUUUUGCAGGUAAACCUUCAGUGAUUAAAUUAAAUAUAACAGUAGAUCUCGGCAUCAUUGACAUGCAAGCAAAAGCAAGCGAGACAAAUAUGUAUAUGUGUUUUUUAUUUGUGCAAUUUAGAAAUGUUGAAGUCCCUUCACGCCUGUAUGUUAAUGUAACUCUUACAGUAAUCAUUUAUCAUAUUCAUGCUGCCUGUGUUAUUCAGUUGUGUGAUGAAAGUCAAACCAUCGAGGAGACCCACAUCAUCACCCUUUUAGCAUGUAAACUGGUAAUGUUUUAAACUCACCCACUUUGCGACAAAUAUUAAAGGUUUUUAUUAAAUGUAUUUUUUUUGUAGAGAUUCCACUAAUGUAGAGAUUGUUAAAUUGAAUAAUAAAUUAACAGGGAAGUAGAGAUGGUAAAAUACAUUUAUAAGCUCAGCCUUUAUUCAGUUUUUUAAUACCUGAUAGAAAAGUAUCUACCUUUGUAGAGCAGUUCAAUACUUUAGAAUAAUCUCACUAGUCACACUUCAGAAAAUUGAGUACGCAACUAUUUCUGGGCUUAAAAGAUACAACAAACAAAUCAAUGCAGAACAUUGUAUCUCAAAAGGAAUACAAUGUUCUGUAUCUCUUUUUUGUGUCAGCUGUGUAUUUUAGCAAAAAUGUUCACAACAUU